GGGAGUCAUUAACGAUCGAUUAUCUCUUCUCGACUCUCGUCUAACACCAGUAUUCUCAGUUGCGACUGUUGACGCUCCCCACCCCUGACGUAGCCCGGGUGACGCGGGCGGCGGCAUCGGAACAUUUCUCACGGCCCUUCUCCACACCAACCCUGCACCGAUCAGCAUCCAAUAUUGCAGCGCGGUGCCACAGCGGGUCUGUGUCCAGAUGAUAUAACCAGCCUCCACUGCUCAUCAGCUCCUGUUGAUGCACAACUCAAAUGCUAUAAAGCGUCGCAUCCACGCAACCAUAUGCUUCCAAACCAAACACGCCACCCCAAACCAGACCGAACCACCAACCGCAAUCGUCGAAACCACCCGAACCCUUCCAAGACCCUUGAUAUCUGUCAAUAUGCGUACCACCGCCCUCCUCACCACCGCUCUCAGCGCAGCCCUCACAACCGCCCGCCUAACCGGCCUCGCUGCGCCCUCCACCCUCGCGCCCUCUUCCCCCUUUAACCUCACCCUCAUCACCGAAAACUACAUCCAAUCCGUCGCCGACGUCUCCAUCGCAUGGGGCUUCUCCCUCGCCCCCGGGUACCCCUUAACACUUGGCUCCUUUACCUCGUCAUCCUACCUCGGGCCCGACAAGUCUAACCAGUUGGAGAACGUUACCAUUGCGGCGACGGCGCCGGCGGAGCUGGAGGAGUGGAAGGGCAAAGAGGUUGUGUUGGCGGGAAGUUUGUUUAGUCUGUAUGGGGCGAGUGGAAGUCCGAGUUUGACAAAUUUCAAUGUUACUAUUCUGGUUGGGGACGAGACGAGUGAGGAAUUGAUUAGAAGUGAUUAGGGAAUUCUACUGCAUGGGAUUGGACGCGGAAGAAGAACGCGGGAGGGACUGGACAUAGGGAAGAUACCAUUCUCCUCCCAGUGAUGCACUCCAUGAGAAAUCAAGAGCCACGGCUCCUUGAUGCUGUCCUUCUUAGCAUCCGGGUACCACAGAGGUGUAGCAGGCCUCCACGGGUCCGC